GGGGAAACUCUCGACCAAGAUUACGACAGCGACGAUGACGGGGGUUGUCAUGGUGCCUUGGGGUCUGUCUCGCGCAUGCGCCACCUGACAGGCUGUGUUUGGUUCUGGAGUAGCGACCCCUGCCCCAGGGUUGACCAGAUGGAAAGAGUGUUGAUGAAUCUGCUUCCCACACAGUGAGAGUAUGGAGAGAAAAGACCCACCCAGAAGCAGCCCAAGAAGGCUAUUGGCUAAACUUGGCAGAGUAAUGGAGAGGAAACAAAUGGCUCAUCACUUCAGCAUGGCAGCUGCCGAGUCAGAUAAGGACUCUGGAUUUUCAGAUGGAAGCUCAGAGUGCUUAAGCUCUGCAGAGCAAAUGGACUCAGAGGAUAUGCUGAACACCUUAGGCUGGCAUGGAGAAGAUGGGCCCCGACAGAACUCUGGAAUAGCAAGCAAUUCUUUUCCAGCUCUGUCUUCCAUGGUUGUUAUGAAAAAUGUAUUGGUCAAACAGGGCAGAAAUUCAUCCAAUCUCCAGUCUUGGACUGUCCAGCCCUCCUUUGAAGUGAUUUCAGCUCAGCCACAGCUAGUAUUCCUUCAUCCAUCUGUGCCGCCUCCUGUCAGUCCAUACCCUACUGGCGAGAAGAAAAAUGACUCCAGAAACUACUUGCCUAUUCUAAACUCUUACACCAAAAUAGCUCCGCAUCCAGGCAAGAGGGGCCUUGCCCUCAGUCCAGAGGAAAGAGGAGAAACGGGUACGCAGAAACGAAUCUGCACAGAGAGACAUAGGACAAGCUUGUCUUCCACUGGGCCAACCAAGACUAAUAUUUUGCCAUCUAACCCUCCUACCCCCGUGCCACAAAACACAAAACUUGCCCAGGACUCAGUUCAGCAGAGUUUGUCAUCUUUAGUGGCAAGUAGAAGUCUACAGACUAUUCCUGAUAGUCCAGUGGCGUCUAGUAGCCAUAUGGCUAAAGCUUCCAAUUUGACCUUUGCUUCCCCUGCUAGCCCCCUUGGCUCAUCUGAUAGCACUUUGCAUGGGUUAGAGGGCUCCCUGCCACUUCCAGCAUCAUCAGCUCCUUAUGGUCCACCUGGAAUAGGAGACCAGCUCUGCCACCCUCCAGAAACCUUUCUUGAGCAACGGCAGAGCAAGCAUCGGCGCUUCCGGAACACCCUGGUGAUCUUGCACAGGUCUGGGCUGUUGGAGAUCACUUUGAAAACCAAGGAGUUAAUUCGUCAGAAUCAGGCAACUCAGGUUGAACUGGAUCGGUUGAAAGAGCAAACCCAGCUCUUGAUGGAGGCCACAAAGGGCAAUGCUCCUCAGGCUUGGGCCAAAUUACAAGCAUCUUUAACAUCUGUGUCCAGUCCAACUGGAAGUCACUUUGAGGCAUUAUCUGCUCAUACAAAUAUAUAACAGAGGAGGCAUAUUUUGCCAUCAUUUGAGUGGUUCAGUACUUCUUACUGAUACUUGCUUCUGUCCCCCAGAGCUUCUGGAGAAGCUUUAUUUUUGUUUUAUAGUUUAAGAAGAUGCUUAAAGGUUCACUUGUGAGAGCACCUACCAUGAACUGGCCCUUGUUGCUAACCUGAUCACCAUGCUCAUAUUAUGUCACACUUCAACAGGAACCUCAGGUUGGGGCUGUCCCUGAACCCUACAUGAAUUGAGUGGUAGGAAUAAGAGACACAUGCAGUGGAGAUGGGAUUCUGAGCUCUCCUAGCAAUUACCCACUCAUUUUACUCAUGAAUCAGGCCUACAGAUGUAUAGGCAUAGGGAAACACACACACACACACACA